AUUGAUGGAAAAUUUGUCCUGUCGUUUAUCGCCUUUCCCGAGGCCUCUCCUCUGCGUCCAAUCAUGAAUCUGAUUAUGCGGGGUUCCACCUCUAGUAGGAUACAUGAACGAUGUGCUUUCCAUUUAACAAAAUCGUAGAAGCUGUCUAGUAAUUACAUAGUUAAUUUGUAUAGUUUUACUGUUUUGGUAACUUUCUUCUUUUAAUUAUUUAUAUAUAAAGUGAGGCCGUAACAUUUCUUAAGAAUAUUUUGAACGCUUCGAUGUUUGGCUGCGCUCUCAGUAAUCAACAGGUGCACAAGCCUGCAGGUAAUAAGUAAUUCGCAAAUCUACUCCAGCGUCUAUGUUUACAGACGAGGUGUUUAGACGGUAUUCCAUUAUUUAUUUACCCAUUAUCAGAAACGUUGUUUGCACGGGAAAAUGUCACAGAGUGGCUCGAGAGGCCGGCCGGCCAGCGAGUUUCAUUCAUUUUCUGGUCGGGACAGUUACAAUGAACUAGAGGCCUCCAUAGAGACAAUCGGUCCAUGUGGUGAAGAGGGACGUCCUUUUCUUGGAUCUUUGACUCCCAAGGUUCGGGUCCUGAUGCAUGAACGUCGCAGCCUUUACGAAGAGAGGCUGAGGCAGCUCGACUUCGAUCGCAGAGAUGCCCACUCCGAAGAAACCCUUCAGAUGAAAGUGAAGAUCCUCAAUUCAUAUGUGAAUGACUUGAUUGAUCAAAGCCAAAUGUUGAAUAAGACUAUAGAAGACAUUGAAAUGGAAGCUAAAGAAAGACUGGCUUGCAUAAAUACAAAGCUGCAAGAAAGUGACCAGCAACUCAGGCUUUUCAAGUCAAAAAAUGAACAUUAUGAAGAGGUUAUACAGAGUCUCCAUGUGCAAAAUCGGGACUUGAAGAUUGAUGUUGCCACUCUUGUCAGGGCCAUUCAGAAGACAAAUUUAACAAUGAAACUUGAUGCUUCUUCAUUUAUGCUGAAAACCAUUUCCUUGGAGUGUAUUACAGGACCAGCCCCUGGAAAUUUAGAAGUUAAUAAGGCAGAAGACUUUGUGAAGGAACAUAUAAAUGACUUGAAAGGCCAACUAGAUGCCAAAGAACAUACUAUUCAGACAAUUCAAGAAGAACUUAAGAAAGCUUUAUGUGAGAAAGAAAGGUAUAUGACAGAGGCAUUUGAAAGAACUAAUUCAUUGUCUUUACUGCAAACUAAAUUUGAAGAUUUCUAUAAAUCAGAAUUAGAAAAAGUUGGACAAAUAGCAGACAAGGAUAUUUUAAUUGCAAACCUCCAGACGAAGUUGAAGUUGUCAGAACAGGAUGGAAAUGAUAUUCAGAAUGAAUUGCUCAUCCACAAGAAAAAUAUCAGUGAACUACAGAAGACCAUUGAACAGUUCAAAGAAGAAAUUGAAGCAAAGAAUGAAGCUUAUAAUUCUCUUAUGAAAGCUACCAAAAUGUCUGAAGAAAAACUCACUAAAGAGCUGGAUGAUACCAAACGUGAGCUGGAGGGGGUGCAAGCCGAGUUUAGAGAAGUUAAACGGAGGAAUGAUACAACACGGACUGAGAUAUCAAAGCAUAGCAAAAAUAGUGAGCAUGAAGAAUGUACAAGGAGAAUUUGUGAAUAUGAACAGCAAAUGAAGUGCAUGAAUGAGAAAAUGUAUGACCUUAGAGAGAAAUAUUCUGGAACGCAAGAGCAGAUAAUGCAUAGGAGGCAAAUUAUUAAUGGUCAAAGUAAACCUUUCAAGCAUCUCAGUCAUCCGUAUCAAGACAUUGUGCAAGACCAUGGCAGACUUUUAGGGAAGCUGGAUUCUCAUACAGUGGCUUCUCCAUAUGAUCAAGAUGUUGUUAACAAUGGGAUUUGUUGUACAGAAGACCAGAUCUACUCUCUACGGAUGAAAGUACAUGAAUAUGAAACAAAAAUAUCCACAACAGAGGAUAAGGCUCAUCAAAUUGAAGAAAAAUAUAAACUAGCAUCAGCAUUAGUUGAAAAACAUAUGACAGAAAUACAAGACCUAAAAGAGCGGCUUUUAAAUAGUGAAGUUUCCUUGAAAGCAGCACAGUUAGAGUUAAAUGAACACGUAGAAAAAACACGACAACUGCAGAUGGAUUUAACUGCUUCAGAAGCAUCCCAGGAUUGUCUGAAGAAGACACUGACGCUGAAAGAGCAGCAUAAUCAUGAAAUAUAUUUAGAGUUUGAAAAUAUGAAGAAUAAUCUACAGGAACUGCAAGAGCAGAUUAAAAACAAGGAAAAUCAAAUUAAUACUAUGGAUUUAGAACUUGGCUUGCUGAAGUCAAAUUUACAGGAAAAGACUGAGAAAUCUAAACAGCUGGAAAAUCACAUUUUGAAACAGCAGGAGGACCUGAGUAAGACAAGUGAAGCUCUUAAAGAUGCAAAGAAGACAUCUUCUAAGAUACUCCAUUGGGAAAAUCUUGUGCAGAAGCUGAAGGAAGAGUCUUCACAGCUGAAAGAGCAAAUAAAGGAGCAAUCCCAGGACAUUAACAAGCUGAAUAGUGAAAAGAAAAAACUUGAACUGGAUUUGACGGUUGUCAUGGAGAAACACAGAACAGCACAACAAGAGGUUACCAACAGAGAUCAAGUAAUCUUGCAGCUAAAGACCACCUUGAAAACUGUUGAAGAAAAAUAUUUUGCUUUACAGGAAGAAUUAGGUCUUCACGAGUCUGACGUCUCCAGAUAUAAACAGAAACUGAAAACCUUACAAAGUGAAGGACGUGAGCUGAUGGAGAGAAAUAAUGAGCUAGACAAUAAUCUGAAUGAAUCAGAGAAGCAAAACAAACAAUUACAGCAUGAGCAAGCCAUGUAUGUAGAACAGAUACAGAAUUAUAUUAGAACUGUUGAGCAGCUUAACUCUGACCUUGAACAAACUAAAAGGGCUCACAAAACUGAUUUGGAAAGAUGGCAACAAAAAGUAACCUUUUUACAGCAACAACUGGACUGUACAAAUUAUGAAGUGAAGGAUUCAAAUGGCAAAAUCAAAGAUUUGAAAUCUUCACUAGCACAUUUCAGAGAAAAAUUGGACAAAACGGAGCAACAAUAUCAGCAAACAAUUGAGAAGGCUGAAAAAUAUGAAGUUGCUAUUAAGAGUCACAACUUACAUAUUGCGCAGCUAAGACAACAUAAUGAUGAGCUUCAGACUAAGUUUAAUGAGAGCAAUGAUUUGGCAAAGAAAUAUCAGACUGCGGCUGAAUGUUACAAACAGAAAUAUCAUUUAAGUAUGGAGAAGAUAAGGGAACUGGACACAAAAGUACAAGAUCUUCAAGAAGGAGCUAAAAACUCAAGGAAUGAGAUAAUUCAAGCAAAAGAAGAAAUCUGUACUUUGAGAGACAAGUGGCUAAGUCUUCAGCACCAGUAUGAGGAAAAAUGUAUCCAAAUGAAGGACUUGGAAGAAACCGCUGGACAUCUUAAAGAACAGCUGAAGACAGCUGAGGAUAACCUGAAGAUAAAGAACGACCACAUUGCUAACUGCGACUGCAUGAUUUCAAAUCUGAAGGAUGAAGUUGCACAUCUACAAAAUGAGAUUUCAGAGCAAGCUAAUGCAGUUCUUCAGCUUCAAGAGGAUUUAUGCUUUUACCAGGCUAGUCACAGUCAUUCCAAUGAAGAAUAUGAAGUUCAGUAUUCCCUUGUUGAACAUCUACAGAAAGAACUUGACACUUUGCAGAAAAAACAUGCUGAAGUGUGUGAUGAAUAUAAAAUUGCUCAACACCAACUCAAGGCUGAAGAAGCUCGAGUAAAAGAAAAAGAGAAGAAGCAUGCUGUCGAGAUCGAACAGCUUGAGCAGGAUCUGCAGUCCUUACGUGUGAAUGUAUCAGCCUCCAAGCAAAGCUACACACAUAGAGUGUCCCAGUAUGAACAAGACAUUGCACAGCUUGAAAAUGACCUUGCUGUAUUUAGGAAAACGUGCUCCCAAAAGGAUCAAGUUAUAAAUAAAAGAGAUAAUCUUCUUAAAAAAUCUGAAAUGAACAAUUUACAAGCAAGAGAAACUAUAAAAAAUAAAGUUAGUGAAAUUGAAAGGUUAAAUAAUCUAAUCAAAGAACUUCGAUUGGAAAACCAAAGCAUUCAUAAAGAGAAAAAACAGAAAGAAAAGGAAAAUGCAGCAUUACACACAGAAAUUCAGAAACAAAAUGAGGAGCUUCAAGUUAUUCACAAGCAGUACACAGAAAUUGCCCAGGAGCUUGCCAGUCAGGAUGAAAAGUUUCUUAUAAUGAAAUCCAGCUUAAAGACAACUGAGGAACAGCUAAAUGAAAAAGUUGCAGAAAAGGUACGCCAGGAGCACAUGUGCCGAAAGUUGCAGGCAGAGCUCAAGACCAUGGAAGAGCAGGUUUUAGCAUAUGAGGAGGAAGUGAAUGAGUACAAGGAAAUGGUUGAAAAAAUUAAAAAGGAACAUGAUACUACAAAACAGCAGUGCCAACAAGCACACUUGGAACUUUUAAAGUAUAAGCAAAAACUUGAAAAAGUUGAGAAGGAAUAUGGCAUAACCAAGGAAGAAUCAAAGACCUUGAAAGAACAGUUUCAAGUCAAAGAAGACUCUAUUAAAUCUCUAAGAGAAGAGCUUACACAAGAACAAAAUCGGUAUCAGGAUCAACAAAGGCAAUUCAACAAGUUAAAACUUCGAACUACAGAUGUAGAGACAGAAGUAGAGCAAUUAAAUAUGAAACACUUGAAUGAUUCAACAAUGUUAAAGGAUUGUAAUAACAUUAUAGCGAAACUUAAAACUGAAGCAAGUCACCUUGAGGAACAGUCCAAAAAUGCCCAAAACAAACUGUUUGAAGCUGAAGCACAAGUAAAGGAACUACUGGAAAAAAUUAGAUCUUCAGAAAAAGAAAGGGAGAACUGUGCUGAACUGGUGCAGAAUUAUGAGAUGAAAGUAUCCGAGCUAAGCGCAGAGCUAAAACAGAUGCAGAACAUAAGAGAAGAACUUGCAACUAAACAGGAAGCUUUGGAGGUUAUGAAGACAGAAAUCACAGCGCUGCGAGAGAAAGCCGUAUCCAAAGAGAAAGAGCUGGAAACUGUACAGCAAACUCUGGAAGCUGCAAAAAUGGAUAACAGCCGCCUCCGUCAAGAAUUUGAGCUGGUGGUUGCAAAUGUUAACCGAUGGAUUAAAGAUCAAAAGAUUGCCAGUGACAAUUUGGGCAUGAAGAUAAAAGAACAAAACCGACUCCUAACAAUUGUUACUACAGAGAAAGAGCAUGAACAAGAGAGUAUUUUGACAGAGAAACUAUCCACCAUUGAAGAUUUGCAUUGCAGAUUAAAAGCCAGCAUUGAAUCCGUUCAUCUGCUUAACCAACAGCUUAAUGCCCUGAGCAAAGAGAACACUCACCAAAGACAACUCCUGGAGGAGGAACAAGUAAAACGAGAACAGCUUGAGAUGCAGUUAAAGACCUGCAGUCAGAACUUUAGUCCCCUCAGGGCGACAGUGGAGUUGAGAACAGAGGAGAAACAUCAGCUCAGACCCUAUGAGUCAUCCCAGAAGACAGAGACAAAGUGCUCUGACCCCGAAGCCUUUCCAAACAUAUGGUCAAUUCUUGAACGUGAGCCUAGCCGGACCUCUGGAAGUGAGCUAAGUGAAAUCUUAACCAAGAAGGAUUUCGAGGACUCGUGGAGGGUAGACUCCCUUGAUAAAGCGUAUUGGUUCCAGCGAUUUGGAGAGGGUACAUCGCAGCUAAAUGAAAUCACGGAUUUCUGGUCAGAUAAAAUAAACGCACUCAAUGUGGAAGUCAACCAAGCAUAUGCAACAUCACCGAAGAAAUAAUUUUCCUCUCCUGGUAUAUUUUCAGCAUUGUACAAGUAGUCCAGCAUGCUUAGAUUAAUGUGAAAUGAGGUUUUACUGUCCAUUUAAUAGUUAACAUCAGAACUGAAAGUGGGUUGUAUCAAAUUUCACAAGUUGGUUAUAAUUAAUGUUUUAUUUUUUUUCUAACACAACAUCAGUAGAAAUUAAUUCCCUGAAUUGGAAAUCCUUGCUUUGUUUUCAGCUGUUUUUUAAGUAAUUCUUCUGAGCAAGUCUCCAAUUUAGCCUUCCUGAGAAUGUUUAUUUGUGUAUAUACUUGGCUCAGUAGAUUAAUUUGCUUAAUUUAUUAAACAAUCCUUGGUCAGUGGCAUAUAUUGCCGUGCAGCGCGUGCAUGAAAAUGCCAGUGGGUAUACAGUCAGCAGGAAAUUAGCUGUCAUCUCCAUCUAGUGAUCCCGUGUUCUCAUAAAUAAAAAAGAGGUGAAUCACCUUGUAUGUUUGUAGUGCAUGCUGAUAAUGUCAUUUUCAUUUAAAUUCAGAUACGGUAGGAAAUCAUUAUUCAUUCUUUCUUUUUAAAUGUGACAUUGUUAAAAAGUAUGUAUAGUGUGUACAUAGCGAAUUUCCCCCAAUUAAUUGUUUGAAGAUAUUUCUUAAAUCAUUAAAUAUGAAAUGUGUUCUUUAACUUUGCAUAUAAUUUAAAACCUGGACAACUCAGAUUUUUAUGGGCCAGUAUAUGUGCUACAAUUUACCUUUUUUAACUAAUUUUUAUACUGAACAGUGCUCACACAUAAGAUGAUAAUUUAUUGAAUGAUGCAUUUAUGUAGCUAAUGAUGAUUAUAUGGCGAGUGUUUUUUACUUCUUAAA